UCACCGCAUACUGACCAUCGGACGCUUCGGUAGUGACUGGGUAUUUUUUUACCCUGGGUGGACUGUAUCAUCCUCGCUCCACGUGUGGAACCCAGUACUAGUACUGUUAAGUUUAACGCAGAGCGUGGUUACAUCAUCAGUGGCUCUGCCGAGCUAUAGUGGUCAACUGCACGCGUGGUUUGGCGUUAACGAGGGCGGGGUCAGAGUGAAGUUCAAAUUGAACCCACCUCUUACAGGAUUACUAGUGAUCACGGAAGCUAUUUCGAUGGCGGCAACUAGAAAAUAAGUGAGAAUUGCCAAACAUCUGAAACAAAAUGGCCUCGAGAACACAGCCCGAUAUUCGGCCAUGGAAGAGGGUCCUUCUGCUGACACUGUUGUGUGUCAUAGCUCCUGGAUUAGUGGGAUCAAGUGUAACCAGUGAAACAGCUGUCAGCACGGUAUUAAAUUCGGCCUCAGAUUCCGCUCUCUCUAUCACAGCCACAGACUCAGCAGUAUCUAGUUCAGCGUCUGACUCGGUAGUUCCUGGUACAACAACAGGGUCAGAAUUGUUAAGCUUAACAACAGACACAGCAGUCUUUAGUUCACCAGUUACAAACUCUGCAGUGUUAAGUUCAACAACAGACUCAGCAGUCGUCACUUCAGCGUCAGACUCAGUUUCUAUAGCCUCUGAUUUAACAACAGACUCAGCAGUCGUUACUUCGGCAUCAGAUUCGAUAGUUGGUUCAACAACAGACUCGCCAGUGUUUAGUUCAACAUCAGACUCGGCAGUAUUUAGUUCAACAACAGACUCGGUAGCCCUAAGUUCAACAACAGACUCACCAGUGUUUAGUUCAACAUCAGGCACGGCAGUGUUAAGUUCAACGUCAGACUCGAUAGCGCUUGAUUCAGCAGUGUUUAGUUCAACAUUAGACUCCUCAGUGAUUGGUUCAACAACUGACUCGGUAGCCCUAAGUUCAACAUCAGACUCGCCAGUGUUUAGUUCAACAUCAGACUCGGCAGUGUUUAGUUCAACAACAGACUCGCCAGUGUUUAGUUCAACAACAGACUUGCUAGUGUUUAGUUCAACAUCAGACUCGAUAGCCCUUGGUUCAACAGAUUCGGCAGUGUCUAGUUCAACAACAGACUCGAUAGCCCUUGGUUCAACAACAGACUCACCAGUGUUUAGUUCAACAUCAGACUCGGCAGUGUUUAGUUCAACAACAGACUCGAUAGCCCUUGGUUCAACAACAGACUCACCAGUGUUUAGUUCAACAGCAGACUUGGUAGCCCUUGGUUCAACAACAGACUCACCACUGUUUAGUUCAACAUCAGUCUCGGCAGUGUUAAGUUCAACAUCUGACUCAACAGCCCUUGGUUCAACGACAGAUUUGGCAGUGUUUAGUUCAACAUCAGAAUCGAUAGCCCUUGGCUCAUCAACAGAAUCAGCAGUGUUAAGUUCAACAUCAGACUCGAUAGUCCCUGGUUCAACAACAGAUAAUGCAGUUUCUACUUCAGCUUCAGACACGAUAGUCCUUAGUGCAUCCGCAGAACCACCAAUAUCUGAUCUUGUAUCACAGUCAGCAGUCCCUAUUUCAAGUACAGAUUCAACGGUCUUCAGUUCACCGUCAGUGACAGAUGUUCUUAGUUCAACAACAGAGUCUGCAGUAUCUAGUUCAUCGCCUGAUGGUUCCGCUAUACCAAGCAGUUCAGAUGCCUCAUUUAUUCCUUCGGAUUUAUCCUCUUUUCCAUCUAGCUCAGACACUGCAAUUUUUGCAACAAGUUCAGAUAACUCCUUUAUCCCAUCAAGCUCCGAUGAUUCAGUUAUCCCAUCAACUUCAGGCAUCUCUGAUUUCUCGCCAAGUUCAGAUAUCUCCGCCAUUCAAUCAAGUUCAGAUGUCUCCGCUAUUCCAACCACUUCAGAUAUUUCAUUUUUCUCCUCAACCUCCGUUGACACAGUUUUCCAAUCAAGUUCAGUUGUUUCUGCGUUUCCGUCAAGCUCAGACAUUUCAUCUUCUUCAAGUGAGGAUGCCUCCAUAUUUGUGUCGAGUUCAGACAUCUCCGAUAUUUUCUCAAGUUCUGAUGUUUCUUGGAUUUCAUCUAGCUCGGAUAUAUCACUUAUCCCAUCCAGUUCGGAUGUUUCCGCGUUUCCAUCAAGCUCUGAUGAAUCAGUUAUCCCAUCCAGUUCGGAUGUUUCCGCGUUUCCAUCAAGCUCUGAUGAAUCAGUUAUCCCAUCCAGUUCGGAUGUUUCCGCGUUUCCAUCAAGCUCUGAUGACUCAGUUAUCCCAUCCAGUUCGGAUGUUUCCGCGUUUCCAUCAAGCUCUGAUGAAUCAGUUAUCCCAUCAAGUUCGGAUGUUUCCGCUUUUCCGUCAAGCUCAGACAUUUUAUUUCCUUCCAGUGAGGAUGUCUCCAUACUUGCGUCGAGUUCGGACAUCUCCGAUAUUUCAACCAGUUCUGACGUUUCUUUGAUUUUAUCCAGCUCGGAUAUCUCAUUCAUUCCAUCAAGUUCGGAUGUUUCCGUAGCCUCACCAAGUUCCGAUUUCUCCAACAUUCUGUCAAGUUCUGAUGUCUCAGAUAUUCCACCAACUUCGGAUGCCUCCAUAUUUGCAUCAUAUUCAGAAGCCUCUGACACUUUUUCAGACUCGGAUAUAUCCGCUGUUCUAUCUACAUCAGAAUUUUUAAGUUCCGAAUUUAUGUCAUCUUAUGCAUCAUCCGAUUCUUUAUCAAGCAUUGAUUUGGGAUCGUCUUACAUACCCUACGUGUCAUCUGCCGCUUCAGAAAUUUAUAGUUCUAGUAUUGAGUUUUCAAGCUUUGACUCAUCAUCCGCAUUCGACUUUAGCCCCUCCAGCAUUGGGAUAGAGUCAAGCGCUGACCUUGGAUCGUCUGAUGUAUCAUUUGCAUCCUCAUCGGAAUCAGAAAUAUUUAGCACUGUCAUUGAGUCGUCAAGUUUUGAAUCUACGAGCUUUGGCUUUGGAUCGCCUGAAGUGUCAUUUGUUUCAUCAUUGGAUUCAGAAAUUUUGAGUACUAGCAUAGACUCAUCAAGUUUUGAUUCAUCGUCCUCAUUUGAUUUUAGUUCAUCGAGCAUUGGAAUAGAGUCAAGCGCUGAUUUUGGAUCGUCUGAUGUGUCAUUUGUUUCCUCACUGGAGUCAGAAAUAUAUAGCACUGGCACUGAGUCGUCAAAUUUUGAAUCUUCAAGCAUUGGAUUGUCUGAUAUAUCAUUUGCAUCCUCGCCGGAUUCAGAAGUACUUAGUUCCGACAUUGAGCCGUCAAGCUUUGAAUCUUUAAGCAGUGAUUUUGGAUCGUCUGAUGUAUCGUUUGUUUCUUCACUGGAAUCAGAAAUAUUCAGUUCUGGCAUAGAGUCAUCAAGUUUUGAAUCUUCAAGCUUUGACUUUGGAUCGUCUGAUAUAUCAUUUGUGUCCUCACCGGAAUCAGAAAUUUUAAGUUCUGACAUAGGGUCAUCAAGUUUUGAAUCUUCAAGCUUUGAUUUUGGAUCGUCUGAUAUAUCAUUUGCAUCCUCACCGGAGUCGGAAAUAUUUAGUUCUGGCGUAGAGUCACCAAGUUUUGAAUCUUCAAGCAUUGAUUUGGGAUCGUCUGAUGUAUCAUUUGUAUCCUCACCGGAAUCGGAAAUAUUAAGUUCUGGCAUUGAGCCAUCAAGCUUUGAAUCUUUGAGUAGUGAUUUUGAAGCAACUGACGUGUCCUUUAUAUCAUCACCAGAUGCAGAAUCAUCGAGUAUUGGCAUUGAGUCAUCAAGUUUUGACUCUUCAAGCUUUGUUUUUGGAUCGUCUGAUAUAUCAUUUGUUUCCUCGCUGGAAUCAGAAUUAUUCAGUUCUGACAUAGAGUCAUCAAGUUUUGAAUCUUCAAGCAUUGAUUUUGGAUCGUCUGAUAUAUCAUUUGCAUCCUCGCCAGAAUCAGAUGUAUUAAGUACUGGUAUUGAGCCGUCAAGCUUUGAAUCUUUAAGCAGUGAUUUUGAAGCAACUGACGUGUCCUUUAUAUCAUCACCAGACGCAGAAUCAUCGAGUAUUGGCAUUGAUUCAUCAAGCUUUGACUCUUCAAGCUUUGUUUUUGGAUCGUCUGAUAUAUCAUUUGUUUCCUCGCUGGAAUCAGAAAUAUUCAGUUCUGACAUAGAAUCAUCAAGUUUUGAAUCUUCAAGCAUUGAUUUUAGAUCGUCUGAUAUAUCAUUUGUUUCCUCACCAGAAUCAGAUGUUUUAAGUACUGGGUUUGAGUCGUCAAGUUUUGAAUCUUCUAGCAGUGAUUUUGAAGCAACUGACGUAUCCUACUUUAUAUCAUCACCAGACGCAGAAUCAUCGAGUAUUGGCAUUGAGUCUUCGAGCUUUGAUUCGUUGUCAUUUGAAUUUAGUUCAUCAAGUACUCGGAUAGAAUCAAGCGCUGAUUUUGGAUCAUCUGAUAUAUCAUUUGUUUCCUCACAGGAAUCGGAAAUAUUAAUAGAGUCAUCAAGUUUUGAAACUUCAGGUAUUGGUUUUGGAUCGUCUGAUGUAGCAUUUGUAUCCUCACCAGAAUCAGAGUCAACAUCAGGUAUUAUAGAGUCAUCAAUAUUUGACUCAUCGUCCUCAUUUGAUUUUAGUUCUCCAAGCACUGGGAUAGAACCAAGCAUUGAUUUUGGAUCCUCCGAUCUAUCGUUUGUAUCAUCAUCAUCAGAAAUAGAAUCAUCUCCUGGUGUAAUAGAUCCCUCCAGCUCUGACACAUCAAGCGCUGAUUUUGAAUCAACAGAGGUUUCAUUUGAGUCAUCAUUUGAUGCAGCAUCAUCAAGCAUCCCAAUAGAACCUUCGAGCUUUGACUUGUCUACUCUGAUGAAUCAGUCCAAGAUACAUUCGUUGCGACGUCCACAACAGUUGCAGCUUCGUCUAGUUCCGUUGUAA